GUACCCUACACCCUUGCGUUCGAUGACGGGCCAAUGCAGAAGGAUCACUAUGGACCACUCGAGAUUUGGGACCUCACUCUUGACGUCAUAUUCUGUCUGGACAUAGCCAUAUCGUUCUGUACUUGUUACUUCGAAAAUGGAUUGUAUGUCAGCAAUCUGGGAAAGAUAUUCACCAACUAUUUGAGAACAUGGUUUUUCCUAGACUUGGUAGGAAGCGUGCCGUUUGACAAGAUUAUAGUAGCGGUUUCUUCCAGCCAGAGUACAUCGGGAAGUUCUUUACGUGCACUCCGAUUUAUACGUCUCCUGAAAAUUGUGCGAGCAAUACGAUUUGUCAAGAAACUUUCUCAAGUCGAAGAAAACGAUACUUCCGGAUACUUUCGAAACGUUAUAAACAUCUUC